AUGAUUGUGAGCAGUAAGAGAUGUUUCUUUUGUCUUAGAGCCAACCACAACGCAAUCAAUUGUACACGCCCGGAUAAGAAACGCUGUGUAGAUUGCCAACUUUAUCAUCAUCGAUUUGUAGCCUGCCCACCAUACGGAAAUAAAGUACAGCCAAGGACUUUUUCUGGGUUGGAAAGUUCACGGGCGGGAGGUACUUCUACUUUGAACGCGAAUCUAACUCUGUCGGGAAGUGCUUCUGAGUGCAACAUUGGUCGUGCACGGGAGGUUGCUUCAGAUGCAGAUGCAACAUUCAACACAGUAGGGACCCUGAACUCAAGCCAGGAAGGAAAAAUUCAUCGACGCUACUCCCCUACAACGUAUGUAGAACUGCAAGAUGUUGAGAAAAAAUGGCAUCGCGUGGUUGCAUUUAUUGAUACAGGUGCUGAUACAACAUUGCUUAAGUUAUCCACAGCCAAGCAUUUUGGCUUGCAAGGUGAACCAUUCAAGUUUCGAUAUGGAGUAGCUGGAGGAGGCAUUGCUGAGGAAAGCAGUGCCAAGUUUUCUAUCCAAAUUAGACCGGUGAAUGGAAUUAAGUCAUACAAUGUAAUUGCAAUUGGAAUUGAGAAACCAGCCCAUAACAGUCCUGCAGUUGGAGGGGAUAUUUUUGAUGAGUAUCCUCAUCUGAACGCUGCAAGGGAACUUGCCGUCAGAAGUAUCUUGGGGUGGACCAUUUUUGGAGGGAAUAUUCCAAAACCCAAACCACAUGCUGCAUCCAGGGUCCAGUUUUUGAAUCAUUUGGAGGAUUUGCAGAAAUUAUAUACAUCUGAUGUUGUUGGUGUCAAACCAACAACAUUGUGUGUUUGCUCAGAUAAGGAAAUAGCAGAGUCUCAGUUCAUAAAACAUUGUCGAAAUAAGCUUUGCAUUAAUGCGGAUGGUCGCAUGACUGUGAAAAUGCCUUGGAAGCCUGGUUUCCCUGAAGCAUUGGAGUGUAACAAGCCUCAAGCAGAAAUAAGACUUAUGAGCCAAGAAAAAAGAUUAAUUAAGAAUGGAACCUUUGAUGAAUAUAGCGAAGAAAUCCAGAAAUUAAUUGACAGUUGCUUUGUCAGAGAAUUAUAUCCAGAGGAAUCCAGAGAUGAGGGAUGGUACUUACAACAUCAUGCUGUAUAUCAGCUACACAAAUCAACAAAGGUUCGCAUCGUAUGGAAUUCUGCUGCCAAGUUCAAUGGCUUGUGUUUGAAUGAUGGAUUUUACAAAGGGCCAGAUUUCUUGAACUCUCUUCUGUAUUGCCUUCUUCACUGGAGAAUGAAAAGCAUAGGAAUUGCAGGCGAUGUUCAAAAAAUGUUUAAUCAAAUACUUAUGGCUGAAAAGGAUCAGAGAUAUCACCGGUUUGUAUGGCGUUUUGAUUUAUCUUCUCCAAUUCGUCACUGGCAGUGGCUGCGCCUUCCUUUUGGGGAUAAACCAGCACCAGACAUAGCUAUGAUGGCUGUACGCACUUUGGCAGAUACAUUCAAGGAGGAGGAGCCUAUUGGAGCACAGUUAAUUAACUGUCGCAUGUACAUGGAUGAUGUGAUUGAAUCAUUUGAUAAGAGUGAAUUAGCUAUUGGGCCAUGGAUCAGGUGGAUCGGAUAUUAG